AUGGCGCAAAAUAACAAGAAUCGUCUUUUAAUUUUAAACGAUGUAAAGAAUUAUUAUAACAAAAUAUUUACAAGCGAGGUACUCAUAUCUUUACAAAAAGAUAUAAAGUUAGAAGAUUUAAUGUUCUCGUAUAACUACUAUUCUCAUUUAAUUUAUGAGAAUAAUAAUGUUGAUGAGGUGUAUGUAAUUCCAAGUGACUAUUUAAAUAGCGAUGAUGAUUUGGAUUAUAAUAUUAAUGAUAAUAAUGAGUUAACCUGUUUUUUAUUAAGAAGAGAAGAACGUAGAAAUAAGAGCAAGGCAAAUUAUAGGUACAGCAAUGAUGAGAUGAUAAAUUAUUUUGACCCUUUAACCAGUGAAGAAGAAUUUGAAGAAAAAAUUGAAAAAACGUUUGAAUUUUUAAACAAUUUAUUAUUAUCAAUAGAUGUGGGUAAUAAUGAUAUGAAUAAUAAUCAUCUGGAUGGAUCUAACUCAUCAAAUAAAUUACAUUUAAUUAAUCAAAUAUGUAUUAAUUUAAAUGUUAGAAAAGAAGAUGAUAAUAUUUACAAACUUUGUAAUAUACAAGUUGAUAGGAGUCAAAUAAAUCAAAUUACCUUAAUUAUUAUUGCAUAUAUAAUUACUUCUAUCUUUAAAUUAAGUAUGGGUAGGAAAUUAAUUUUUUCGAAUAAAAAUAUCAACAAUAUGUUAUUUAGAACUUUACAUUUACAAAAUAUUUAUAUACAAAUAUAUACAAUGAAAAAUUUAAAAAAAUAUAUUGUAGAAGAUGCAGAAUUUUGUGAUAUUGUACAUUUGAAAAUGAUCAAGGUGUGUCUUUUUAGUAAAUCAUUAUGUUCAUUUAAUAGGGCUAAUCAUAUUUUAUUACUCUUGCUUAGAGAAAAAAAGAAUUAUUCUCAUGAUAUAUUUGAUUUUUAUUUUUUGAGAAAACUUAAGUAUUCUUUAGAACAUUCAGAUAAUAUUGAACGAUUAAGAUUGUUAGAUUUUAUAACUGAUUGUAUAAAUGUUACUAAUGAUGAGAACGUGUGUAAUUUAUUUAAGUUGAAAGUAAAGUCUUCACAAAAUAAAACAGCGUUUAGCAAAAAUGAGAAUACAAAUGUAAAUAAUAAUAAUAAUAAUAAUAAUAAUAAUAGUUAUAGUAAUAAUAAUAAUGGUAUUAAUGUUGAUAUUUCACAACUAUAUAAUACAGAUAUACAGUUAAAAUUAGAUAAGCAAUUUAACAGAUAUUGUGAUGAAUCUGAUGAUGAAGAUAUUUACACGGAUAAUAUAAUUUUUUCUCAAAUACAUGGUUUAAAGGAUAUUAUGAAUAAACAUAAUUAUAAAAUAAAAGAUAUAUAUCUAAUGAUUAGAAUUAAUUUAUUUAAAUAUUUACAUAUGAUUUACCUAAAAGAUGAUUUAUUAUUAAAAAUAAAUGUAUUAGAAAUAUAUUCCAAAUUAGUUCAGAAUAUUCAAUAUUGUGAUGGAUUACAUUGGGAAAACUGCUACUUUUUAUAUAAUGUUUUAUAUGAUUUAAAAGAAAAAGAUGAUUAUAUAUUACAUUUAAGUAUUAUGAAUUCUUUAAUAUCAUAUUCAUUUAUAAAUGAAUCUGUAUUACUUUAUCUUAUAAGUGCACAUUCAAAUAUUUUAAUAAAAAUAAUACUUCAAUAUAUAGAUAAUAAAGAAAGUGAUGUUGAAAAACUAAUUGUUGGAAUUAAAGCAUUUGGAUUUUUCUUUUCAUAUAAAGAAUCUUCUAAUCUUCUUUUGAAUUUAAAUAAAAAUGCUCAUUUGGUUGUUAUUAAUCAUAUAAGUACUCAUUCUAAUACAAAUGUAUUAUUACAUGCAAUAAAUAUAUGGUUAAAAAUUUUAAUAUCUAAGCCUAUGGAUGAUAUAUGGUUUAAAAAUAUUAUUCAUUCAAUUCUCCUGGAAAAAAUUAUUCUCAUAUUAAAAGAAAUUGAUGAUAACAAUAUACAAACCAAUAUUUUCAAAUUAUUACAUUUAAUGAUACCUUAUGAUAUUGCUACUACCAUUUUAAAUGAACAGUGGAUCAUUAAAAGUUUACAUGAUGAAUUUGAAAAUAAAGCGUAUGACCUAAAAAUUAGUAGACACAAAUUUUUUGUGGCCUUAUACCAACAUAACAAAGAUAUUAUUUCAAACAAUGCCUAUGCAGAUAAUUUAAUACGAAACUUUAUAGAAGCAACACCCAAAAGGUAUUAA